UUAUUGAAGCAUUACGCAUAGCUGAAGCGAGGUGUGUGUUUAUUCUUAGUAUAAAACAAACAUCUGAUCCAUGCAUCAGUCGAUUUAUGUGAUCAUGGUUUGGUUUAUUUGGUUUUCUGUUGGCGGUUAACGUGAAAAUGUGAUGAUGACGUUGGAGCUUUACGUCACGGCACCACAGUGGAGAUUGCUGCGAAAGUGGUGACGUAGCAAGGCGGGAAGGUGCGCGCUCUGGACCGGACCGCGCCUCUCCGUCUCGCGCUGUGAGCAUCCUACAGAUCAGACCGCGAUGGAACCGGAGACAAGAGACGAACCGGAGGCUGGAGAUGAGCAAGGUUGCACUGUGUAUGGAUUCUAUGACCAGGAUUUAACGCACAAGACGAUCCUGGUGGGAGACAGUGGGGUGGGGAAAACAUCCCUGCUGGUGCAGUUUGAUCAGGGAAAGUUCAUCCCAGGCUCUUUCUCUGCCACCGUGGGCAUUGGCUUUACGAAUAAAGUUGUCACUAUCGGAGAGGUGAAAGUUAAAUUACAGAUUUGGGACACAGCAGGACAGGAGAGAUUUCGUAGCGUCACUCAUGCUUAUUACAGAGAUGCCCACGCUCUCCUGCUGCUGUAUGACAUCACUAACAAGUCAUCAUUUGACAACAUCAGGGCGUGGCUUACAGAGAUCCAUGAAUAUGCACAGAGUGAUGCAGUGAUCAUGCUGCUAGGCAACAAGGCUGAUAUGAGCAGUGGGAGAGUCAUCAAACGGGAGGAUGGAGAGAGACUAGCCAGGGAGUACGGUGUCGUUUUCAUGGAGACGAGCGCUAAAACCGGUGUCAAUGUAGAUUUGGCCUUCAUGACUGCUGCAAAGGAGUUGAUUGGCCGAUGUCUCGAGCUGCCCAAAGAGCCGAAGUUCCAAAUCAAUGAUAUCAUGGAGCAGAAACCACAGAAAUCAGGCUGCUGUGGCUUCACAUAGGACCUUACGAGACAUAACAACAGAUGAGAGAAGGAUCAAGGUGCAAAUGAGAAAGAAAUACCAGAAUGAUCAGAGACGUUUCAGGCCAAAUGUAGUCCCUAAACCUUAAUUGAAGCCCAUGAUGUAAACCGUACUUUGAAGGACAUUGAUUGUCCUGAGCAGAUCUAAACACUCCGGUCUGAGAAUGCAGGUACAGUUUGGUCGUUUUUGCCUCUCUGGAAUAAUACUAUGCAGUAAUUUGCAGUGCAGAGCUUCCCCAAAACAUUGUAGCCCAAGCGUCGUGGUUAAAUUUAGUAGAUUUGAUGAUACAGUGUACACUAAUAUGAGGUGAGCUGAGAUAGAUCUUUAAUUAAAAAUGUGUUACAAAGAUAUAAAGAUCUGAGAUAAUAUUUUUUCCCAGGUUUAUAGCAUCACAAUUUAAAAUAUUCAUAUAUUACAGUUCACUAAAUCACAUAAUAAUAAUAAUAAUAAUAAUAAUAAUAAUAAUAAUAAUAAUAAUAAUAAUAAUAAUAACACAGUAGUGGUAUAUGGGACUUACUAGUUAUAUUCUAUCGAGGGACUUUAGCUGAAGAAGUAUAGCUCAGGAAAUUUUGCCCAUGAUUUUUUAUUUUUUUUGGAAAUGUAUCCUGGGAAUUUCAGCCCAGAGGAUUGUAGCCUAAGAACAUUAAGCAAGUUCAUCCUUGGAGACUUUAAACUGGAGCUUUAUUCCAGAAAACUUUAGAAAGCACUAGAAUAAAACUUUAGAUCAGAUAAUAUUUCAUUCAUAAACAUUAAUAUAAGAGAUAUAUCAGGCCCUGAUGUAGUGAAAGAAAAUGUUCCUGGCACCUUUAGUGUCUCUAUUACUGAAAUCUUUAAAUAGACAUGCGCUUCAAAUCUAACACUGCUAAUAUUUUUUCUUAUUUUUUAUAUCUGACUUUAAUGCUACAACGUUUUUGGGAAGCUAGACGUAAUUUAUGGUCCAUAUUGUAUAUCCAUAUUGAUCCUUCAUGUUAAAGCCAUAGUUUUUAUGGAGUUUUAGUUUUUAACAUGUAAUGACACCCUGCUCGUGUAUGCAAGCCCAGUUCACUUGUGCCUCUGCACAUCCUGUUUGAAACCACUAGAGGGAGCCAGAGUACAAGCGUUUAGAAGAAUUUAUUGUCCGUAAAGCAUAAACAGUGCAGUACAUUCUGAGUCCACUCCCAACAGAUGUUUGUGUUUUGCCAUGAAGCAUUAACUAAAAGCAGUGAGUCUUGUUUGAUUAAUAUAAUUUUAAAAAUAGUUUAAAAAAUUCUUACUGACUGAAAACUUAUUGUACAAUCAUUGUACAAUGUAUUAUCAAUAUAACUAACAUAAAUAAUUGAUAAUUAAUUUAUUGUAUUUUAAAGAUUAGAUCUUUUAAUGUCAGAUCUGUGAAAAUGUAUGUAUAUGGAAUUUGAAACCGCCCCAGUGGCCUUUGGAGGAUGAAGGGUAAUAAAGAAGGCGUGUCUACGUUGUCUGUCAGUAUAAAUGAAGGGGGCGUGGUUACUUUGCAUAUCAGUGUCAAACAAGGGGCUAAAUGGUAUGUACGUCAACAAUAAUGAAUGGGCGUGGUUUAUUUGCCUAUUGGUGUUAAUAGAGGCGUGUGGUCACUUUGCUUAUUAUUGUUAAUGAAGGGGUCAGUCAAUGAAAUUGUCAAUGAAAGAGGCGUGGUCAGUCAAUAUCAAUGUAGAAGGCGUGGCUUCUUUGCCUCUCAGUUUCAAUGAAGGAGGCGUGGCCACAUUGCUUGUCAACUUUAAGUUAUAAAUGUCUACCAAAAGACAUCAUAUUGCAUCAUAUCCUAUUACAGUAAACUGACUUUAAGUCAUUACACUAAAUUGUCAUCCAUUUUAAUUCUAUAUUUUGUAUAAUCAGAUCAGGUAAUGAGAUACAAAUUGUAUUUCAUACUGAAUGCAUUGCUGCAUUCAUAUAUUAACAAAACAGUGAAACAAAAACAGUUCCUCCUUUCUUACCUAAAAUGAUUUGAUAUUUAAUUGUAAAAUUGUUUUAAUUGUUUUUAUGCUUUUUAUUCAUGCAAGUUGGUGGUAUACUAUUUAUUUAUUUAUUUAUUUAUUUAUUUAUUUAUUUAUUGUAAAGAGAAUACUUAUAUGUGGAGUGUAUCGGUGUAUCUCUGUCUUCAUUCCUUCAAGUAUUAUAACAUGACUAUAAUAUCUUAUGUCAUGGUUGAAAACCUAAAUUAUAUAUGAGAUUUUUUUUUAUUAUUCAGGGAUGAAUUUAUGGGGCAGAAGGAUAACAUAUGCUUUUUUUCCCUUUAUCUAAAUGAGACUGCACUAUUUCUCUUUGUAUGCUGCAGAACAGGUUACAGUAGGAUUGUGAGUAUGCUUCUGAAGUAUGAACUGAAUGAAUUUAGUGUCUCAGGGUCUUUUAAGGUAUUUUUUCCCCCCAAAUGUUUAUUUGAUCUGCAUGAAUAAAGAGUGCACAAAGGUUGUUUUUUUUAAGUGUUUGGAUUAAAAGCUUGGUUUUAAAACUGUGCCAUUGAGAUUUGGAAAAAAGCUGUAAGUACAUGUUUUAUGUCAAACUUUAAAAUACUGUUUGGAAAGUC